AUGGUUGCACUGUCGAAAAGCCAGCGACGGUCUAAUCCUUGCAACCAUCCUGUGAUCAAGACCGAAGCCUAUCGAACCCUCGACCGGUUCUCGAGCCUCAAGAGAAUAAUCGUGUGCGGAUACAGCAGGAAAACCUUGUGCAAAAUCCUUCUGAUAAGUUAUUCCAAACCCUGCUUGGAUCAUUUCUUCGCUUACCCUGGGCGAAGAGGAUUCCUAUUGGACCCAUGGCUUCAUACGGACACUAUUGGCCUAAGUGCGCCAAAGAUCAUUUCGCGUAACAAGCCACAAUCACGCCUUGCGCGUAACCAGUUGGUCAAGGUCAAGGUGCAUUGA